CUCUCUCAGCUUAGUUAGCAUACUCUGCUGUGGAGCGGCUGUCUACAUCCUCCUAUUGUCCCAGUGAUGACAUCCAAAGUCAAAGGAAACUGACAUCUUAGUAGAGUGGGGAAAUUGUCAGCACAACGCAGAAAGGAAACAGGAUUUAGUGUGUGCGCAUGUGUGUGUGUAUGUGUGUGAGUGAGUGUGUGUACAUGUGUGAGUGAGUGAGUGAGUGAGUGAGUGAGUGUGUGUAUGUGUGUCUAAGCAUGUGUGAGAUUGUACAGCAAGAGUAUGUGUUAAGAUGAGCAUGCGCCUUGAUUGAGUUCAUGUGGGUAAAUGAGCAUGAUUUUUGGAUAAACAAGCUGGUAAACUCUUCUUCUGACAUCAUGAGACUAUAAAUCCACACUGUCCACCUCAAGAAGAAGAAGGACAGCGCCUCCUCACUCUGACCACUUGACCAGGUGAAACUUAGUUUACCCACCUUCCAGCCGCCAACAUGCUGCAGCAGAUCCUAAAGGACAUGUACAUUGACCCUGAUGUGCUGGACGCUCUAAAUGAGGACCAAAAAAAGACUCUGUUCCUAAAAAUGCGCCAGGAGCAGGUGCGACGCUGGAAAGAACGGGAGGAGAAAUUAGAAAGAGAAGGGGGAGACGCUGAGUGCAAGCGAACAAAGCCAAAAAAAGUCAGCAGUAAGAACGUCAGCUGGCUGCUUGGUCGGGAUGGGGAUGUGGCGGUCAUUGUGAUCGGGGAAAUGGAUGAGCUGAGCUCCAAAUUCAUCUGCUCAGGAUUAGGAGAAAAGAAGGGGCCGAGUCUUCAGAACAACACACACCAACAAACUAUCUUGAAGAGCAGAAAAACCACAGACCCUGUCAGAACUGAGAGAGAAAACCUCCCUCCUAAAACACAACCUGGAAUCUCACUGAAUUUAAAGGGCAAAUGUGAGGAGGCGAGCACUUUACUCCCUCUGCCGGUGUCAGUGAGUGAGCAUUCAUCACCUCCAGCAGCAGAAAAGCCCGAGUUGAAGUUAGCCAGUGCGACUGAGGAGAAGUCAGUUCCCCAGCCCUCCAUCUGCUCCAGGCCUCCCAUGAGAACUAGCCCUGUCAACGUGAGACCAGCUUCAGCAAAUGCAGCACCAGGUUCUGUCAACACAAGACCCGGCUUUGCAAAUCUGAGGUUGGCCACUGCCGUGCCAUACCCUUCCCCCAGCAGCAUGGUCAAAAUAGACUCGGGAACAACGCCAGCCGCCAAAGGUGGCAUGCUCUCACAGGAACCUCAAAAGCCCCAGCAAUUGCAGGGUGUGAAAGAUGCUGGCGUAUCAGAAGCAUCUAGAAGGGCUGCCUCUGAGGAUGCUGGGUCAUCAGGGAGCGCACCAACCUGUGCAGGGCGUGGCCGGGUGGCUCAGCUCAUGAAAACUUUUAGCGCUGAAAGCACUACAACCCCCACACAAACCUCCUCCCGCAGCAUCAAGCCUCCUCUCCCCACCAAGCCCAGCCACUUGCGUCUAACGACCACACCUUCUGUCAGGUAAUCCACAUACACUGAUGCACAGACGCCCACUCAGCUUCACGCAAUUCAAAUAAAGCCACACUGGUCAAUGUCGGACUGACAAAUGUGGAGCCUCAGCUUGUGGGCUAAUGGGAUGCAGAACUCCAAAGGUGGCUCUCACAAAUGCUCACAACAUUGCUAUCACUCCCAAGGCACAGCAAUGGAAAUGCUUGAAUGUAAUGGUUUUCUUUCUAAUGUUGGAUGCUGCAGUACUGUAAACAAUCUUUGUGGGAAAGUAAUUCCAAAGUGAUUGAAUUUUCUUUUUGUAUAACUUUCACUCAUUCUACCUUUUAUGUAUUUGCCAGGGAAUUGAUGACUAUCACAUGUAUUCACUCGCUGUUGAUGCUUUCCACUUGUGGAAAAAUACACCCUUGUCCUCACACACAAAGACUUGUACACCAUAUAUUGUUUACUCUCCAUUAGCAUUAUUUUCAUUGCUUAUAAGACAGUCUGCAUUAGCUCAUGUGAAGAUACCCACAAGGUUCAGUGUUCUUUCUUUUAUUUUCUGUCUUCUUGAACAAAAGAAUGGGCAUGGGUAGGCAGAAUGGUUGAAAUAAGGUACAGUAGGUCCUGCUUCAUCUUGCUGUCUCCUCCCUGGGAGUAGUGUGGGUUGUUUAUUUGUUGUCACAAUGCAACGUAUGUCUCUCUCUGCCACCUGGCAGUAGCCUCAAUCCAACCUGUUGUGGACCAGUGACAGUGCCAAAUGCCUUGUCUGUCUCUCCCAGUGGAUCAAAUCCUGGGAAGUUUGAUAGUCAAUACCAAAUAAACCAGUUCAUCUCUGUUUUACUCCUCUCCGUUUUCUCCGUACUCAUUUAGAAAUGUGUGGUUGUAUGUUGUGUUUUUUUUGGGGUUUUUUUACAUUAUAUAUAGGGAGAAAGAUGUUUUGUAAUGGGAUACACUACGACAAUGCUCACUUUUCAAUCUGAGACAUCUAGUAUCUUUGAUAUCAAGAGUGUAUUGUGCAAUUGAAGAAGCAAUA